CAAUAAAUCAGAUUGGCGAAGAAAACAAAGGGUUGGCAGUGGAUCUGAUUAUCUGAAUUGUGAAUGUUAGUCUUGCAUUUGCAUCAUCAGUAUCAGUAUCAGUAUCAGUAUCUAUGAUGGAAGCCCAACUGAAAGUGUUGUCGUUAAGCCCCUCUACUUUGGGUCGCCACUUUCUCUGCAAAACUACCUCACACCCUUCCCUUCCCUUCCCACGCGCCACCCUCACGCGCCCUCCCAUUCCUUCGAAUUGGAAUCCCCGCAGGUUCCUCUUCUCCUCUCUCACUUCUUCCCCAUCCCUCAACCCCUUUCUCUCUCACUCCCAAACUGCUGGUGGCGCCUUCCCUUGGAACCCGGCUUCCGAAACCCGAAACGCCGCGUUUUGCGGAGGCAAAGACCGCGUGGCCACGGUGGUGCUGUUGGGGUGGCUGGGAGCCAGAACCAAGCACCUCAAGAGGUACGUCGAGUGGUACAAUUCGCGUGGCAUUAACGCACUUACCUUCGUCGUCGACGUCAAGGAGCUUCUUCGAUUCGACCUCGGCCACGUGCUCGAGACCCGAAUCUCUCUCCUCGCCGACCACCUCGUUUCUUGGGUGUCUCGCGAGGAACACGAUGGGAGGGAACACUGUCUGGUUUUUCACACUUUCAGCAACACGGGUUGGUUUGUUUAUGGUUACAUUCUUGCCCGAAUGCUGGGUAGUGAGGAACUCAUGGAGAAGAUUAAGGGAUGCAUUGUUGAUUCGGGAGGAGGAGAACCUUUCAAUCCUAAGGUAUGGGCUGCUGGUUUUUCUGCAGCUAUAUUAAAGAAGCGCAACUCUUUAGGACCCGUAGUUGAGGUAGAAGGCAAGCUUAAAUCAGAGACUGAAGUUAGCUUGUCAAAGGUUCAACAAAACGAACCUUCCACAAUCGAAACAGUGGUCUUGUCACUAUUAGAGAAGUUCUUCUCAUUUGUUUUGCAGUUGCCAGAUGUGAAUCAGAGGUUAACAAGGAUUGUCAAUGUGCUCAUGAAACACCAGCCUUGCCCUCAGCUUUACCUGUAUAGUACUGCUGACAAAGUAGUUCCAUGUCAAUCCAUAGAAACGUUAAUUGAGGAGCAGAGGAAGAUGGGAAAGAGGGUAAGGUCCUUUAACUUCGGCUUAUCUCCCCACGUGGAUCAUUAUAGGACAUUUCCCGACCUAUACUUAUCACAGCUUUCUGAAUUUUUGAACGAAUGUUUUGCCACGAGCAAACAGAGAACUCACAAGUGUUAAGUUGCCCAUUAAAGUCUAAAGUUUUUUGCAUAGCAUCAAAUCCCUAAUGGGAAUGCUUCGUUUAGUUUUCCAAACGGAUGAGCGAUUCAUUAUCACAAGGACAAGGAGAGAAAUGAACAGUGGCAACACAUUACAUAAUACAUACAAGCCAUUGGCAUAAUACAUUGACUUGCCAACAGUGUCAGCCAAUUACACAUUGUAAUGAUUCUUUUGACGAUUAUUACAGAGAUCGAGUGACUAACGGAAAUUGAACAUAGCCAACUGAUGAGACCAUAGGUAAUCUUGUUAAGAUUGAUCAAGCAGUGUACUUGAACUUGGUUUUUUUGCAGGUGAUCCAUUUCCAUAAAAUGAUUAUAUCCACUAA